AUGACGGCGAACGGGACGGCGGAGCCGGUGCAGAUCCAGUUCGGGCUGAUCAACUGCAGCAAUCGGUACCUGACGGCGGAGGCGUUCGGGUUCAAGGUGAACGCCUCGGCCGCCAGCAUGAAGAAGAAGCAGAUCUGGACGCUGGAGCAGGACGGGGAGGACUCCAGCGCCGUUCUGCUCAAGAGCCACCUGGGCCGGUACCUGGCGGCCGACAAGGACGGGCGGGUGAGCUGCGACAGCGAGGAGCCGGGCCCCGACUGCCGGUUCCUGGUGGUGGCCCACGGCGACGGGCGGUGGUCGCUGCAGUCCGAGCCCCACCGCCGCUUCUUCGGCGGCACCGAGGACCGCCUGUCCUGCUUCGCCCCCGCCGUCUCUGCCGCCGAGAAAUGGAGCGUCCACCUGGCCAUGCACCCCCAGGCCAACCUCUACAGCCUGGCCCGCAAGCGCUACGCGCACCUGGGACCCCGCCGCGACGAGCUGGCCGUGGACCGCGACGUGCCGUGGGGCGUGGACGCGCUCAUCACCCUCCUGUUCGUGGACCAGCGGUACAGCCUGCAGAGCUGCGACCACCGCCUGCUCCGCAGCGACGGCCGCCUGGUCCCCGCCGCCGAGCCCGGCACCGCCUUCACGCUGGAAUUCCGCUGCGGAAAGGUGGCCUUUCGAGACGGGGAGGGCCGCUACCUGGCCCCCUCGGGGCCCAGCGGCACCCUCAAGGCGGGCAAGAGCGCCAAGGUGGGCAAGGACGAGCUCUUCGCGCUGGAGCAGAGCUGCCCGCAGGUCGUGCUGCGAGCCGGCAACGAUAGGAAUGUCUCCACCCGGCAAGGGAUGGACCUUUCAGCCAACCAGGACGAGGAGGGUGACCAGGAGACCUACCAGCUGGAGAUCAACAAGGACACCAAGAAAUGCGCCUUCCGGACCUACACCGGGAAGUACUGGACCCUCACCUCCAAUGGGGGCAUCCAGUCCACGGCCUCCACAAAGAACGCGAGCUGCUACUUCGACAUCGAGUGGUGCGACAAACGCAUCACCCUGAAAGCUGCCAAUGGCAAGUACGUGACAGCGAAGAAGAACGGGCAGCUGGCAGCCUCCAUGGAGACAGCGGGUAAGGGACCCUUUGGGACUCCACACCGGGCAGCAGGGGGUGAAAAAAGCCCUUCCAGAGCCAGGCCAGGUGAGACGGAGCAUUUUGUGAUGAAGCUGAUCAACAGGCCCAUCAUCGUCCUGCGCGGCGAGCACGGCUUCAUCGGCUGCCGCAAGGUCACCGGCACCCUGGACUCCAACCGUUCCUCCUACGACGUCUUCCAGCUGGAGUUCAAUGAUGGAGCCUACAACAUCAAGGAUACCACUGGGAAGUACUGGAUGGUGGGGAACGAGUCGUCCGUCACCAGCAGCAGUGACACCCCCGUGGACUUCUUUUUUGAGUUCUGCGACUAUAACAAAGUGGCCAUCAAAAUCAAUGGCAAAUACCUGAAGGGCGACCACGCCGGGGUGCUCAAGGCAUCGGCUGACACCAUCGACGCCUCCACCCUCUGGGAAUAUUAA